UAGUCGAAUUGUCUGCAUCAGAAGCUUUACGCUACGAUUGUUAUUUUUUUGCAGAUCAAGGUAGCGUAACAAUAUGGUUGUCGCUUACCGGCUAAUGCUGUAUUUAUUUCUAUUGACAAUUAGUAUAUUAGAAGUUAAAUCAACGUUUCUACAUGCUUGUUAUCAGCCAAAAAUUGAACACGCGUUAUUGACAAGUCCUGGUAGUUUUGGGGCGUCAUAUGGCUAUGGAUAUGACACUACGUACAGAGCGGGUAGCCAGCUCACAAUAGUAUGCAGACAUGGAUAUCAGUUAGUCAGUGGAUCAAAAUAUUCGUCCGGUUUUACCACCCUCUGUACGAGAACUGGAGCGUGGGCACCACCGGCAAGAGCGCUUUCGUGUGUUCCCAAAAUAAAGGAAACGACUUGUGAGCCACCACCAGUAGAGGGAUUAUUACUACGCCCAUCAAAAUCAAUUUACCAAGUCAAAGAAACAGUUCGAUAUACUUGUGACGAUGGAUAUACGUUAGUCGGAAAAAAUACCGGAAUUUGUACACAUGAUGGUGUUUUCGUAGAAAUACCUGCUUGUCACGAAGACAAGAUAACCUGCGUCGCUCCAGAAGGAAACGGACUCAUUGUUAAGCCAUCACGAACCUCAUAUUAUGUUGAAGACAUUGUCCAAUACAGUUGUGAAGAUGGUUAUCUUCUUAUUGGGGAACGAACUGGAAGUUGUUCAGAAAGCGGAAUUUUCCUCAAUGUACCUUUCUGUAACAAAAUUAAGACCUGUACUGCGCCACAAAAGGAAGCAUUACGGGUGUUGCCAUUCUGGUCAGAAUAUUCUAUUGGCGAUACCGUAUCAUAUACUUGUGAAGAAGGAUAUCUGCUUAUUGGUGACGUUGUUGGAAAGUGUGGCAGAAGUGGAUUCUUUAUCAAUGUUCCCUUUUGCAACAAAUUAAAAACUUGUGAUCGUCCAGAAGUAGAGCAUUUGGAUAUGUCUCCCGACAAACCUAUAUAUAUUGUCAAGGAUGUCGUGAAAUAUUCUUGCAAAGACGGAUACCUUCUUAUUGGAAAAUCGACCUCAAUCUGCACAUCAAGUGGAGUAUUUGAGGACGUUCCCAUAUGCCAUAAAUCUAAGUCAGUAUGUGGACAUCCGGAUGUAAAACAUCUUAAUCUCUCUCCGGAUAAACCAAUGUACAACACGGAAGAAGUCGUAACAUAUAGAUGUGAAGAAGGAUAUAAGUUAGUUGGAAAAACUUACGGGAUUUGCACAACGAGUGGAUUUUUUGUCGACAUUCCUGUCUGUCAUAAAUUGGAUGUAAGUUGCAAGUACCCUGGAAAUCCAGACAAUGGUAGAACGAAACCGUCCAAACCUACAUACGAUGUUGGAGAAGUUAUAGCAUUUGAAUGUGACGAUGGAUAUGUUCUUGGGGGAAUACAAUGGGCGCGUUGUACGAAAAGUGGAAAGUUUUCGGAAAAACUUCCAACAUGCGAAGGUUUCAAGACAUGUCCAGAACCAUCUUCUCCAGAAAAUGGAUUUCUCAUUACUUCUUAUAGAAGCAAGCAGUUUUAUAAACCACAUGAAUAUGUUAUGUUCAAAUGUAACGUUGGAUAUCAGCUUAUUGGAUCUAUCAGAUCAACAUGCUCAAAAGCUGGAGUUUUCAUUCCUGCACCGCCCACUUGUAAAAAAGAAAGAAUAACGACAUGUCAAUUUCCCGGAAAUCCGACAAAUGGUCAAACUCGACCAGGCAAGCCCAUCUAUGAUGUUGGCCAAAGCGUGAUAUUCUUAUGUCGAGAUGGAUUUGAAAGAGAUGGUGCUGAGGCAGCCACGUGCCUGGAUACAGGAAGUUUCUCCGAAAAUGUACCAACUUGCAAAAAAUCCUGUAACUUUCCUGGUUUACCAAAUAACGGCAAUACGACGCCUAUAAGACUGACCUACGAAGUUGACGAUGUUAUUACAUUUUCUUGUACUUCUGGAUAUGAAAUUGAAGGUGCCGAAUCAGCAACUUGUCAAGCCAGCGGAGAAUUUUCAAAGGAAGUUCCUGAAUGCAAGAAGAUGGUAAAAUGCAGCAAACCUCAACUUCCUUCUGAUGGAAGUCUUAUGAUUGCAUCAACAUUCAAAGAAUUAUAUGAGAUCGGAGAAACAAUCAUAUUUGAAUGUAAAUCAGGUUACAUUCUGAUUGGUAGAUCUCGUUCAACAUGCUCUGAAGCUGGAGUAUUUAAGCCAGGCACGCCCGCAUGCGAAGUUGUUCCUACAUGUGAUGAACCCGACUCGCUUGAAAAUGGAAAGUUGCUGAGUGAUAAAUCCCCAGGAAGCAAGUACUCAGAGGGAGAAGUGGUUGGAUUUGAAUGCAAUGAAGGAUAUAUCCUAGAAGGCGCUAAAAGAUCGAUUUGCGCUAAAGUCGGUGGUAGACUUGAAUUCCAACCAUCGAAUCGGUUUUGUCGAGAAAGAACAUGCUUUCCGCCUCGAAGUCCAGAUAACGGUAGAAUCAUCAAUCCCAAAGAUGAGGACAGCGAAUAUACUCUUGGAGUUAAAGUUAUUUUUGCAUGCAACGAAAAAUAUACAUUAGUGGGAGAACGCGUGUCAACUUGUUCACAAAUAAAUGGCAAACUUGAUUACAGACCUCCUCCACCGACUUGUGAAAGAAAAACGUGUUCUGCACCACCUGAGUCCGUAUCAAGAACAUACGUACCUACAAAGUCACUACUUGAUGUCGGAGAUGUUGUAUCAUUUUACUGCAUCAACGGAUUUUUGUUGUUUGGUGAACAAAACGUAACCUGCGUUGAUCAGGAUCAAUUUUCGAGUGAAUUUCCGACGUGUGAAAGAGUACGUUGCUCAAGGCCUGAACGCCCAGAAUUUGGUAAAAUCCAACCGUUCCGUGGUAACUAUGGCAUUGGUGAUACCGUUACGUUCAGUUGCAGGGAAGGUUACAAAAUAUCUGGAAGCGAAACCGCGACCUGCACAUUGGUUGCUGGGAGGAGAGCUUCGUUUUCACCGGAGUCUCCAUCUUGUCAACGACAAACAUGCCGCAAGCCGAACAUUCCCUUGAGUGGGUCUUUGUCUCCCGAUCGAGAUUCAUACUACGUUGGAGACAGAGUCGCCUUCUUAUGUGACGAUGGUUACAAAUUAAAAGGAGUUUCCAGUAUUGUUUGUGAAGACCAAGAUCUUUUCUCUGAUAAAGAACCCGAAUGUGAAGCUAUAACGUGCGAAAGACCAGGUGAGCCCGAUAACGGCUAUAUUAGAGAAUCCAACCGAUUAUUCCGGUAUGAAGAGGAAGUUACAUACGCUUGUGAUGCUGGAUAUAAUCUUGAAGGUAGUGAGACACGCACUUGUCAGGAAAAUGGGAAGUUUUCUUCAAGAAUGCCACGGUGUGCUGAAAUUCGUUGUAAGAUACCUUUGUUCUUACGAAACGGAGAGGUGUCUGCAAGCGGGAAGUCGUAUAUCACCUACAGAGAAACUGUUAGUUAUUCAUGUGAAAUUGGGUACAAUCUUGUCGGGUCCGAAACUGCUUCGUGCGAAGAAGAUGGUAGUCUAACAGAAAUAAUCCCCACUUGCGAAGCCAUUAUUUGUGAUGCCCUUCCGAGGUCGUUUGUAUACUCUGUCAGUCCUCUUAGAACAAGAUAUUCCGUUGGAGACGUGAUAACAAUCGAAUGCGCUGAAGGAUACCGUUUGUUCGGCUUUUCUACGAGUGAAUGUUUGCAAACUGGAGAAUUUUCAGUUACUGACCCGAAAUGCGAAGCCAUCACAUGCUCUUUCCCUGGAUCUAUCUUGAACGGCAAAGUUUCUCCAGAAAAAUCGCAAUACAGGUUUGGUGAUCGAGUGCUCUACUUCUGUAGUUCAGGAUACAAUCUUGUCGGUCAAUCUUCAUCAACGUGUGGAGGAGUGGGUGUUUUUGAAGGAUCAGUUCCUUUAUGUGAACCGUUUACUUGUCCGAGUCCAGGAAUUCUUCGUUUUGGAACGAUUCAACCGGUGAAGGAAAACUACAAAGUCGGAGACACAAUUACAUUUUUGUGUAGAUCAGGAUAUGAACUUGAAGGAUCUACAUCCUCUAGAUGUUUACUGGGAGGUUCAUUUUCUGAACAACUACCUCAGUGUACAAAAACCAAGUGUUCACUUCAAGAAGUUAUAGAAUUUGGAAUAAUUUUCCCACUGAAGAAAGAAUAUUCUGUGAACGAGAGAGUUACAUUCAGCUGUGAAUACGGUUACGAACUCCAAGGAGAAUCUGUAUCUGUAUGCGGUACGGAUGGGGAAUUUUCAGACGCAGUUCCAAGAUGCAUCGCAAUCAAAUGUCGUAAUCCUGGAAGUCCUAAAUACGGUUCAAUUUCGCCUGAUCGUCCAACUUAUGGCAUUGGUGAAGAUAUCACAUUCAAUUGCAAAGAAGGAUAUCUAUUAAGAGGAGCGAGUGUUGCAUCAUGUGUUGACGAAAAUGUGUUUUCUGCAGCCGUUCCAACCUGCGAAGAAAUUGGAUGCAGUUUCCCGGGAAACCCAGAAAACGGAUUUACAAAUCCCGUACAAUCAUCUUAUCCGGUAGGAUCACGAGUCGAUUUUGAAUGUAGAUCUGGAUACAUGCUAGAAGGAAAAGAUUCUACACGUUGCGAAAAAGGAGGAAGUUUUGCGGAUUCUCUACCAACUUGUGAAGAAAUUACAUGUGAAAAUCCUGGAGUCCCAAGGUUCGGAGAAAUAUUUCCAGAUCGUUCAAGUUAUACACUUGGACAAACUGUAUCUUUCAGUUGUUCAGAAGGAUACAAAUUGGAAGGAGAAUAUUCAAUUGAUUGCGAAGAAGAUGGAAAAUUUUCAGAUUCCAUUCCAACUUGCAAAGAAAUCACAUGCAAAUUUCCUGGAAAACCGGACAACGGUAACACCACACCUAGAAGAUCAUCUUAUUCUGUUAAUGACGAAGUAACAUUUGAAUGUGAAGAAGGAUAUGAAUUGAUAGGACUUGAAUCAAGUCGGUGUACAGGCAGCGGAAGAUUCACUGGCUUUGUACCCACAUGUAAACUUGCCGUGUGCAACAAUCCUGGUUCACCAAAAUUUGGGUCGGUGUCACCAAACCGACCUAAAUAUGCAGUGGGAGAUAUCGUUUCUUUCUCUUGUGAUAUUGGAUACCUUAUUGACGGGAUAACAACAACGAUUUGCCAAGACAACGGUAAAUUUUCGGAUGGAGUGCCGAGUUGCCAAGAGGUCACUUGCUCAUUUCCCGGUAAUCCAAAGAAUGGUGUGACAUCGCCCACACGAUUUUCGUAUGAUGUUGGAGCCGUAAUUAAAUUUGAAUGCGAAGAAGGAUUCACAAUUUCAGGAACGGAUUCCGCACGCUGCUUAGAAUCUGGCGCUUUUUCGUCUGCUCUUCCAUCAUGUAACGAGAUUACAUGUGGAAAUCCAGGAAGCCCAUCUUCUGGAUCUAUUAAGCCAAAUUCUCCUACUUAUAACGUUGACCAACGUGUCACGUUUGAAUGUGACGAUGGCUACGAAUUGAAAGGAACUAAAUCAUCUGUGUGUGAGACGAGUGGUCGAUUUUCGGAUUCAGUACCAACAUGCGAAAGAAUCUCCUGCAGCUUCCCAGGAAACCCAGUUGAUGGAUUCACAUCUCCAACCCGAUCAUUUUAUUCUAUCGGAGAGGAAAUUACAUUCGAAUGCAAAGAAGGUUUCGCUCUUACGGGAGCACAAUCUGCAAAAUGUCAAGAUGAUAAAACUUUUUCGAAAAAUCUGCCAACUUGUAGAAGAAGCACUUGCAACUACCCAGGCAGACCAAGUUCGGGAUAUACUAACCCAAAUCUCCCUAUAUAUGAUAUUGGAGAUGAAGUUUCUUAUUCCUGCAGAAGAGGAUUUCGUAUUGUUGGCACAUCUGUAUCUACGUGUGGUAAAGAUGGUCAAUUCGACAAUGCUGUACCUUCCUGCAAGCGUGCCACAUGUAGCUUUCCAGGAAAUCCCGAUGACGGUGAUACCAUUCCUACCAGAGAAACAUAUACUUUCAGGCAAAGAGUAACGUUUUCGUGUCGAGAAGGUUACACAAUUGUAGGAGCUGUAUCUGCUUUUUGCCAAGUGUCUGGAAAAUUUUCGGAGGAACUACCGUCAUGUCAACGUGUAAUAUGUAGAAAUCCAGGUUCGCCUCGAGAUGGAAGUAUAUUUCCAAGGAGACCAACUUAUUCGGUUGAAGAAGAUGUUGAAUUUAGAUGUGACGAAGGAUACAAAUUAUCUGGUUCUUCUAUUUCUACAUGCUUAGAAAAUGGGGAAUUUUCUCGCCCUGUUCCGUCAUGUGAACGCAUAAGCUGUGAUUUUCCUGGCAACCCGGUAAACGGAGUGACGUCGCCUACUCAAGUUUCUUACGCAGUCGGAAUACCGGUGACGUUCACAUGUAUCGAAGGAUUUGAGUUAGAUGGAUCAUCCGUAUCAACGUGCGAAGAAAGCGGAAAGUUUUCCUCGGGUCUUCCGACUUGCAAGAGUGUGACGUGCUCGAAUUUUGGUCUCUUCAUAAACGGAAAAGUCAUUCCGGAUUUAGCACAAUAUCCUGUUCGUCAGAAGGUUAUUUUCUCUUGUGACGAUGGCUACGAACUAGUCGGUGAAACGUCCAGUGUCUGUGAAGCAGAAGGUUCAUUUUCAAAUGGUCUUCCUAGAUGUGAACGCAAAGUUUGUCAAAAUCCUGGAUCCCCAAAAUACGGUUCAAUGUCACCUGACCUUCCAACAUAUUCGAUCGGACAGAAGAUUAUAUUUUCAUGCAACACUGGAUAUAGAAUUGAGGGAAAUUUUGUCAUAACAUGUGAUGAAGACGGGAGUUUUCUUUACAGAGUUCCAGUUUGUGAACCAAUUACUUGCAAAUUUCCUGGCAAUCCACUGGGAGGUUCCACAUCCCCAAAUAAGUUCAGCUACUCCUAUAAAGAACAAGUAACGUACAGUUGCAACCCCGGAUAUUUGUUGGUUGGCAAUUCUGAAGCAACGUGUGGAGCAAGAGGAUUGUUUUCCGAAAAUCUUCCUACUUGUGAAAGAAAUACAUGCGAUAAUCCAGGUCGCCCUAAAUAUGGAAAAAUGUCACCUGAUCUAUCCAAGUAUGCAGUCGGACAAAAAAUACAAUUCUCUUGUAAUGAUGGUUACGAAAUAGACGGAGUAUCAACACUGACAUGUCAACAAAGUGGUUCAUUUUCACCAUCCGCACCAACUUGCAAAGCUAUCAGAUGCAAGUAUCCAGGGCAACCUAAGAAUGGAGCGACUUUUCCUGUCUCUGAAACAUAUUCUUUUGAUGAGUUGAUUCGAUUCAGAUGUGAUAAUGGUUACACUUUACAUGGAUUCACGUCGGCAAAAUGUGAACGUUCGGGAAGUUUUUCAGCUUCUGUACCAGAAUGCAAAGCUACCACCUGCAAAUUUCCCGGCAGUCUAACUAACGGUGAUACAACACCAACGAAAACAAGUUACGAUAUUGGAGAAGAUGUGACGUACAGUUGUAGAACAGGAUAUAUGUUGAUGGGAGCCGUAACGAGGACAUGUGAAUUGAACGGCAGAUUUACUGGAAAAAUGCCUUCAUGUGAAAGAAAGACAUGCAAGACGGUGGGUAAACUUCGCAAUGGAUUUGUUUCACCUAACUUACCAGAGUAUACUGUGAAUCAAGUCAUUACAUUCACCUGUGAUACUGGAUACAAAUUAGAAGGAGCAACGUCGUCUACUUGCAUGGACGAUGGAAAGUUUUUGGAAGCAAAACCGACGUGUAAAAUUGUGCCUUCGUGUAAAAAUCCUGGCGCUCCCGAUUUUGGUACGAUAUCGUCAACCAGGCCGAUUUUCAAUGUCAAGGAUUCUAUUUCCUACGUCUGUAACUUUGGAUAUCGAUUGGAUGGUACACCAGAAGCUGAGUGUCUUCCUUCGGGAUUGUUUAGCGCUCCAAAACCAACUUGUGAACAAAUCAAUUGUGGCUUUCCGGGUUCACCAAUCAAUGGAUUCACAUCGCCCAAAAAAGCUAGAUAUCUCUUGGGCGAUACGGUCAAUUUCAGAUGUGAUUCUGGAUAUGUCAGAAUCGGAAUUGCUUCAUCAAAAUGCACGGGAUCAGGAGAUUUUGUAGGAAAAAUUCCUACAUGCAAUCGUGUGGUUUGCAACAAUCCUGGAGCACCCGAGUUUGGUAAAAUGCUACCUGAUGAAAUUAACUAUGUAGCUGGACAAUCAGUCAGAUUUUCAUGUUUAAGUGGGUACCGAAUGAACGGUCGUGACGAAAGCGAGUGUGGGAAAAAUGGAGAUUUUCUUAGCUCGUUCCCGACCUGCGAACGAAUCGUAUGUGCAAAUCCUGGGGCUCCUUCGUUUGGUUCACUUGAGCCAGAUUUAUCAAGAUAUCUUGCUGGUACUACCGUUACAUUUUCCUGCAACGCCGGUUUUGAUUUAGACGGACAAACGAAAUCAAAAUGUGACAACAGCGGUAGAUUUACAAACCCACCUCCAUUGUGCAGAAGAAAGACCUGUCGACAUCCAAAGCCACUAGAAUACGGUUUUGUGUCUCCCGUUCUUCCAAUAUAUACUGUCGGACAGAAAGUAAGAUACGCUUGUUUGAUUGGAUACGAAUUGAUUGGUGAAGACACGGAUGAAUGCGGAGAAAAUGGUCAAUUUAGUGGGAUUGUACCUACUUGCGAAUUGAAGGUCGUCACGUGCAAUUAUCCAGGAAAUCCAACUAAUGGAGCAACAUUGCCUAAGAAAGAUUCUUAUUCGACGGGAGAACAAGUUACUUUCCAGUGUGACAAAGGAUAUGUUAUAUUUGGCGCCGUGAUGGCGAGAUGUUCCACGGCGGGAAGAUUUUCUGAAAUACUACCGACAUGCAGAAGUGUUACUUGUAACCACCCCGGUACACCAAUCUUUGGUUCAAUAAGUCCAGAUAUUCCAAGAUACACGGUGAGUCAAAAUGUGGUGUUCUCUUGCAAUGAUGGUUAUAAAAUCAAAGGAGUCGAGACUACGAUGUGUGAUUAUAACGGACAAUUCGAAGAUCCAGUGCCGAAAUGUGAAAGAACGAUGUGCAGAAAUCCAGGAAAACCAGAUUUCGGAACCAUGACGCCGGAUUACGUCACUUAUUCUAUUGGGCAAACAAUAACUUUCAGUUGUUCCAGAGAAUAUAAUCUAGAUGGAUUUGAAACAACAAAGUGCAAUAAUGACGGAAGCUUUACAAAUCCCGUACCUACAUGUGAACGACGAUCCACUUGCCGUAAUCCUGGGUUAUUUGAAGGAGGAAGCAUUGAACCAAACUAUCCAAUAUAUUCGGUCGGUCAAGAGAUUACAUUUUCCUGCAUGUCAGGUUAUAGAUUAGAAGGAGCUAAGUCAGCAAUUUGUGAAGAAAAUGGACGAUUUUCAGAUCCAAGACCUGUUUGCCGAAUGGAAACAUGUAAAAAUCCUGGACGUUUAUCAAAUGGAGAUAUGUUUCCUGAUCUGCCAACUUACUCUGCUGGACAAUCGAUCAAAUAUUUUUGUAAUGAUGGAUUCAUCAUACAAGGGUCUCAAACAACAACGUGUGAAAAAGGAAUAUUCACAAAUCCUGUUCCAGUCUGUGAAAGAAUUACAUGUCGAUUUCCGGGCACGCCUGUCAAUGGAAAGACAGUACCCAGAAAACCGUCUUAUAAACUAAAUGAAAGAGUUGAAUAUGAAUGUGACAAAGGUUACAUCAUGGUUGGAGAUGAUACAUCAGUUUGUACCAGAAGUGGAGACUUCUCGGAAUCUCUACCUCUAUGCAAACAAGCCAGUUGCGAUCCCCUAAAAGAACCAAUCAAUGGCCGCAUAACACCUCUAAAGUCGUCUUAUGACUUGAACGACAUAAUAAAUUUCGAGUGUGAUGAAGGAUAUCAAAUAAUUGGGGAACCAAAUUCAAGAUGCUCACCGAACGGUGAAUUCUCAUCGCCCGCACCCACGUGUAGAAGAGUGAAAUCAUGCGGGUUCCUCGGUAACCCCAUCAAUGGAAAAACUCUACCUCGUAAAGCUACUUAUCUUAUCAAUGAAAGUGUUCGAUUUGAAUGCGAAGAUGGUUAUAGAAUAAUAGGACCAAAUUCUGCAUUUUGUUUGGAGUCGGAGGAAUUUUCUGAGACUUUACCUACGUGUGAACCGUCGAGAUGUCUCAAUCCCGGUCAAGCUAUUAAUGGCAAGACAAUUCCUUCUAAGCAAUUUUAUGACACUGACGAAGUGGUGGAAUACAGGUGUGAUGAAGGUUAUCAACUUAUUGGCGAGAAAACGGCAAGAUGUCGUAACAAUGGACAAUUUUCAGCUCAGCCACCUUCAUGUACUAGCGUGAAGUGCAGCUAUCCAGGAACACCUGAUGGUGGAUCGACCGUGCCACGUCGAGCAAAUUAUAACGGUGGUGAAAUAAUAGAAUUUUCAUGCAAGGACGAAUGUUAUGAACUGGUCGGAAGUAAAACAGCAAUUUGUAUGCCCAAUGGACUUUUCUCGCAAGAGGUACCAUCAUGUGAACCAAAGAUGUGUCUGCACUUUCCUACUAUUCCAAACUUUGGAACUCUAGAGCCGCUUCAGAAAAAUUAUACUUGUGGGCAGAAAAUAGACUACAACUGUUUUACUGGAUACAGACGAACUGGUCCUACUCAUACUUCAUGUCUACCUGAUGGGACGUUUGAAAAACACCUCGCUGAAUGUGAAGUUGUGAAGUGUAAACCACCGCCAACUCUUCGUAAUGGUUUUACAACAACCAAUUUCGGAGGAAUGGUAGUUUUUGAAAAUGUUGUAACGUAUCGAUGUAGAACUGGAUAUAGAAUGGUUGGUGUGGAUUCUAUUAAAUGCGGAGAAGAUGGCUCAUACAUUGGAGCGGUGCCGGAAUGCAAAGCAAUUCUAUGCCAACAACCAAGAUCACCAUCCAAUGGAAGAGUUAUUUCUUCUGGACGUGACUGGCGUGUAGGCGAAGUAAUGGAUUUUCAAUGUGAUGAACAUUAUACUAUAGUUGGAAAAAGUUUUGCUGUUUGCCAAGGAAAUGGCGAAUGGAAUAAUCCACCCCCAACCUGUGCCGAGCCCAUUUGCCACGAAAACUGCCAUUUUCCAAGAAUCAGGGGCCGUCCUUGUCAAUGUGAUGAAGAAUGUCAAAACAGAGGAGAUUGUUGUAAUGAUUAUAAAAUGAAGUGCACAUUGGGAACGUGCAAAAACAGAUGUGGUGCAGCAAUGAACAAUCAUAAUAAAUGUUCAUGCGAUGACCUUUGUGCGACUCGUUUCGGGAAGAACUGUUGUCAAGACUAUAAAAUGUAUUGCAGUGAUCCAAAAGAACAUUCAUCAAACAUGAAGGAUGGGCAUUCCUGAACUACCUCCACAAUUAAUCAUGGUGGCGUCAAAUGAAACUCAAAAACCAAUUUGUAUUGAUUUUAUUUAAUUACUCAUCUUUGAAAAUUCACACCAUUAUCUGAAAAUGGCAACAAUUACAGCCACUUUCUAAUUUUGAACUAGCAGACAGCUGCCAAAUUCCAGAUAUGAUGUUAGUUGCGUUGAACUGAAAAAAUGCUUUUGGUGAUAUUUCAUACUAGCAUCAUUUGUUUUUGUAAUCAUACGUUUCCGAUUGCCAUAAGUAUUGAUUUUUUUUAUUGUUUUUAUUUUAAAUCCAUCUGCUUUCAUGAUACAUAUAUAUAUAUAUCUUGUUUUAAAAUGUCAUGUCGUUGUUUUGUAAGUUGAAAAUAAAAUACUAAUACCAA